UCCUAGUAUUUGUCAAGAUAUUAUAAUAAUGGAGAAGGAAGUUAGUCGUAAAAUAAGGAGUCAUAUCAUAUGUCUGGAGGGACUCAGGGAUUUACAGAAAGAUUGUUGGUUCUGGGAAAAACGCCUUAAACACAGGAACAAUUAGAUUGGACACUUUCUUGAAGAAAAACAUAGAUGAAGAACAAUCUAAUACUAGUAAGCUUCAAAGCAAAUAUGAUAAUCUAGCUAAAAAGCAGAGUGAGGCAGCAACACGUUACAGAGCUAUACUGGUUUGCUUCCAAGAAAAAAUGGAAUAUGAGAAGAAACUGAGGACAGCUGUUUUGCAGAAAGUGGCUGCCAUCCGAGAAAAGUUGUCAUCUGUCAUGAAAGAAAGCUUAACCCAUGCAUACAGUGACAUGAUACAGGCUGCAUACAUGGCAACGGAACAAGAUGGAUUUAACUUGGUAGAUCAACAACUAACAGCAGUUAACAUUGAUGGCAUCGUUGAGAAGUUAUAUGAGAUAACAUCAUCCACCUACAACACACCAGUACCUGAGGAUUUUAUCCAAGCCUCUGAAUCGGACGAAAAGUUGUCAGAGAUAUACUACAAGGAGAGUGACUUUGAAGUACUGGGAAAAUCAAAGAUUGAGAAAUCUUUGUUUAACAAAACGGAGAGUGGUAAAGAAGGCUGUUUCUUUCCCAUAAAUGGCGGAAUUCGAAUAAAUCCAGUAACACGUGGUGAAAAAAGAAGAGGAAUUAUCAACAUCAAAACAGGUUACCAAGUGAAAUUAAAGUUGUCUUUAAUGGAAGGAAAUAUUGGUUUUGGAUGGGUCAGACAAAAUCUAUUCUUUAGAGGGAAGACAUGGGGAUUUUAUUUCCUGACAUCAGAAGAUUCACCAACAACAUCAACAAUAGGUGUGCCAUCAGUUUUAUCCAUUAAAGCUAUUCCAACAAUUGAAGUUACCGAUUGUUCUGACGAUUACAGAGGACAGGGAGAUAAUCCAUGUGUUAUAGUCCAGGAAAACGACAAGCAUGAAAAUUCAGAAAAGAAAGAGCAAGAAGAUGCAGUUGUAGUGCCUAUGAUUGAGAAACUUAUUGCCGAAUGUAUUGACGAGAUUGAACUUGAAGAAAACAUAUUAUUAGUUUGAAUUGG